CUGACUCCAGUUAGCAAAAUGAGCACAUUAGACUGGUUUUAAGGUUAUUUCCAGCUCCCACAGCUCAGCCGCUGAACUCGUUACUUCAACACACAUCACCGUGAGGCGGUCGUUUCAUAAAAACACCGCAUCAUCGUCUUACUUUACCGUUGUGUCUUCUUUAUGUGCUACCAACUUUUUUAGCUCCUGUAAGCUAACGUUAGCCUGCUGAGUUCCCUGGUCAUGCUGCUUGUCCCGCAUUGACAAACUCUCUCACACACACUACCUUUUCGGGUUUGCCUUUCUGGAUUCAACAUGUCCACACCGGAAGACGGAGCAGCAGAACAGGCAGCUCCAGCUUCCUCCUCCACUGAGACUGAUGACGUCACUGGGGACAUCAUCACUGUCACCAUCGGGGCGACGGUGCCCACGGGGUUCGAACACACCGCAGCAGAGGAGAUCGAGGAGAAGAUUGGGGUUGCUGCAAGAAUCAGCAAAGACCGUGGUCGGUUAUACUUUCCAAUAACAACCGACAAGUUAUACCAGGUUCAUCUCUUGAAGUCUGUGGACAACCUGUUUGUUGUGGUUGACGAAUAUGAUCAUUACCAGUUCAAGGAAUCAAAGGAGGAGACAUUGGAGGAGCUGCAGCAGCUUGCGUCCAAACUGCCCUGGAGUAAUGCCCUGCAGGUCUGGAAACUCAACGGAGCCUUAAAAAAGAGGAAAGGCUACCGAAAAGGAGGGAAACCAGCCAAAGUAAAACCCAACAGCGCGGCCAGUGAUGAAACCGCGGCUGACAAUGAGCAGCAGGAGGUGCCUGAGGCAGUGUCAGCUGCUGAUGGCCAAACGGAGACAGAGGCCUCUCCUGACCUGGAGACCUGCGCACAGGACUCCGAGGAGGGAGCACCCAAGGCCAAAAUCCUCAAAUUCCGUGUGACGUGCAACAGGGCAGGUGACAAACACAGCUUUUCCUCUAAUGAGGCAGCCAGAGACUUCGGCGGGGCCGUACAAGAAUUCUUCCAGUGGAAAGCAGACAUGACGAAGUUUGACAUAGAGGUUUUAGUGAACAUACACAAAGAAGAGAUGGUGAUUGGCAUCGCUCUCACAGAAGAGAGUCUUCACAGAAGAAACAUCAGCCACUUUGGACCCACUACACUGAGAUCUACCUUAUGCUAUGGCAUGCUCAGGCUGUGUAAACCUCAGGCAUCCGAUGUGAUACUUGAUCCAAUGUGUGGGACUGGAGCGAUACCACUGGAGGGGGCCAUCGAAUUCACCAGUUCAUUCUACGUCGCUGGUGACAAUAAUGACAUGGCGGUUAACCGCACAGUCAAUAACAUAUGUCACAUCCAGAGAAGGAGGGCAGACAAGGGCAGUGUGUCUGGACUGCCCAUUGACACGGUGCAGUGGGAUUUGUGCAAUUUACCCGUAAGGACCGGCUCUGUUGACAUCAUCAUCACGGACAUGCCGUUUGGGAAGAGAAUGGGCUCUAGAAAGAAGAACUGGGACCUUUACCCGUCCUGUUUGAGAGAAAUGGCCCGUGUGUGCCGACCUGGCACAGGCAAGGCUGUCCUGUUGACGCAGGACAAGAAAUGCUUUUCUAAGGCUGUUUCCAGGAUGGGAGGACUGUGGAGGAAGCUGCACACUGUUUGGGUCAAUGUCGGGGGUUUACACGCCGGAGUCUACCUCCUCAAGCGGACCGUGGCCGUGUUUGGCCAAACUCCUGAGGAUAUCUAUGAACCACGAGGAACGGUUAACACGCAGGAGGACAAGGAGGAGAACAAGGAGGAGAACAAGGAGGAUGACAAGGAGCUCUCUUAAUCAAAUCACCUCCUGCAUUUGAAUUCAGAAUUUAUAUUUUGAGGCCAUGUAGGAUUGUUGCUAUUUAUUUUAUUUUUGAAGAUUUUACUUUCUCCCUGUUUCAGGUUCUCUGCUCAACAGUGCCAAGCAGGUUAAGUGUAUAAUUUUUGUAUUUCACAUUUGGUGUAAUGUGAUAAAUGGGAGAAAUUGAAAACGUAUUCUUUCAUGCUCAGCAGCAGGUUAAUGGUUCUCUCACUGUUCCACUGAGCCAGUUCAUUUGUCAUGAUGCUGUUGAGAAACCCACUGAAGGUUUUAUUGCACCUCUGAUCUGCUGCGUUCACUUGUCAGGAACUGCAUGUUGCCAUUUGUCCCGAUGAAUGAAGGUUCAAACUAAAUAUCAGUAAAUAUAAAUAUUCAUCACUUUGAUUCAGUUGCCAAGCAGUGACGAAUUUACAACACAGAAGCUGUAACGCACAGUAGAAGAAAGAGGCAGUACUUGAAAAUGUUUUCUGGAAUAUUUUAUAUUUGAGUUGCUGGACAAUAAAACAGGGGAAAGUCA